GCGCGCUCACACACCAUCCUCCACACGUGCGUGAACCGAGAGCCCGGCCCCCCUCUCCCGGGUUCCGGCCCAUUCGGACCGUCCGAUCCCCAGCCGAUGGCGUCGGAGACCGCGGCCGACGGCCACGAUCAUCCCCCGGCCGUCGCUCCCGGCAACGACGAAAACGCGGCGGCGGCGGAGGCGCUCCUGAGCACGGCGUCGGAGCAGCUGACGCUGGUGUACCAGGGGGAGGUCUACGUCUUCGACCCCGUCCCGCCUCAAAAGGUUCAAGCUGUUCUGUUGGUGCUUGGAGGAUGUGAGGUGCCUCCUGGUUUAGUAAGCAUGGCUGUGCCUACUGCAUAUGGUGAAAAGAGUACAACUGUGGCUGCCAAAAGGGUUGCUUCCUUAAUGAGGUUUCGCGAGAAGAGGAAGGAAAGGUGUUUUGAUAAGAAAAUAAGAUACGGAGUGCGCAAGGAAGUUGCCCAAAAGAUGAAAAGGCGUAAAGGACAGUUUGCCGGAAGGGCAGAUUUGGGUGAUGGUGCGUGUUCUUCUGCAGUUUGUUCCUCCCAAGCUAAUGGCGAGGAUGAUCAUUUUCUAGAAACCCAUUGCCGCAAUUGUGGCAUAAGCUCAAGGCUUACUCCAGCAAUGCGUCGGGGGCCAGCAGGUCCAAGAUCCCUCUGUAAUGCUUGUGGCUUAAUGUGGGCAAAUAAGGGUACGCUAAGAAGUCCUUUGAAUGCCCCCAAAAUGGCAGUGCAGCAUCCCCCUAAUCUGAGUAAAAUGGACGUCCUGAACAUGGACUAUGACAAAACAAUUCUUUGUGCUGAGAAUGACCAGACCACAAUCAAAAUGGACUCUGGGAUGAGUCCAGAACAAGUGCAGAGGCUAGAACCCCCUCCCACCGACCGAAGACGACAGCAUGACAGUUUCCCAACCAAAGACAACUUCAUGACAGUUGACAAGCAUCUAGGUUGACAAGUGCAUAAAUUGAGACAAUAGUUUUUUUUUGUCAGAGAUUCCUGGCUUUAAAUGAUGUACAAGGCAACAAAACUAACAAAAGCAUGCGUCGACGUAUGAUAUUUAUCUGGCCUUACAUUGUACCCCAACAAUUGUGUAUAUAUUGGUGCCACAUUUAUCCCCUCCAUGAAUUAAAUUUUAUCCCACCAAA